AUGGUUACCCGGGCCGCUGACUACCUCAGAGCCCUCAAGCCGGUCAAGUGGACCGUACACGGGAACUUGAGCACCGCCGCCCAUCCGGACAAGCGCAGCCUUUUCGGUGUGCGCUCGUCAAAUUUCGUGGAGUCCGACAAUGCGAAAAACAUCCACAAUGGCGUCUGGUUCAACCUCCCAUUUGCUGCCCUCUUUAUCAUCAUGGAGGACACCAUGACAACGGUCUCGAAGCGCGUCUCCGAGGUCGAGGAUAUGGACCAGACACGCAAACUGACGCCGUAUGCCGCCAAGGACGGCCUGUAUUACGUCAGCUGCAUAUGCCGUGCCGUCAUUUGA